GGUAUCCUCAAAUGAAACACCAAUUUGACAUUUCACCUAAUUAACAAAUCAACAAAUUAACAAAUAAUUAACAAAUCAACAAAUUAAUCUUAUAUCUUAACUUCACUCUUCAAGCUACUUUCAUCUCAUGAUUGACUGAAAAUUUCUGUUAAUUUGUAUAUUAAUCUAAAUUAAUUUGUGAGGAAGUGAUGGACAUAAAUUUGGGUCUGAAAAGCUACAAAAAAGAUCCUCCAGACAUGCUUCCCCAUUGAGAUUUUCUCAGAAAUCACAUUGACCGUCACUACUACAUCUUCCUCCACUUCCUCUCUUACUUUUUUUUUCUCUUUUUUAUUUUUAUUUAAAUUUUUAAUUUUUUUCUUUAUUUUAAGAAGAAGAAGAAAUCUUUUCACUUUCUCUCUCUGUAACUCACUCACGCCAUCGUUGGUCUUCUCUGCUUCAUUAUAAGUGUGGUAAAAUUAUAAUGGAUUCUUGGAAAUAUAUGUCAGAAGGAAAGAAUGUGUGGGUAUCUGAAGAAGUGGAAUUCCCAGUUGAUGGUAAUGGAUGUAAGAAUAAAUUGAUGGGAUGUGAAAUGAAACCCUAUUUUAAUGUUGAAAAUUACCCACUAAUCUCAAAUACACAAGCACUUGAGAGAUUGGAUUUUAUGGAUUUGGGGUUUGCUGAUGAUAUUAGGAAGUCAUAUUCAAUUUCUAGUGAACCAAGUGGGGAGGUUUUUAGUGAUGAAAUAGGUACUGAUUAUCCCUCAUUUGGUGAAGAAAGAGAAUCAGGUUCAAGAACUUCAAAUGAUUUUAUGCAAUCAAGUAAACAGGAUUUUUCACUUGUUGAUUUGAAGUUGGGUAGGCUGACAGAUAGUGGAAUUGCCAAUGAUAGUGUAGCUGAGCCCUCUAUGAUGUUGUCUUCUCCGGCAAAGAAAGCUCGGCCAACGUUGAGUAUGCGAUCGUCGAAUUGUCAAGUUCUUGGUUGCAACAAGGAUCUUAGCUCUUGCAAAAGCUAUUACAGGCGGCAUAAGGUCUGUGAUUUGCAUACAAAGACUCCUAAAGUUAUUGUUGAUGGGAUUGAGCAAAGAUUUUGUCAGCAAUGUAGCAGAUUCCAUCUAUUGGCUGAAUUUGAUGACAUUAAACGUAGUUGUCGUAGACGUCUUGCUGCUCAUAAUAAGCGUAGAAGGAAGCCUCACUUCACUUCUGAAUCAGGCAGUGGGAUUAUUGACUUUUCCUCACUUGGUUUUCCAGAAGUGAUGCCAAGUGUUUUUCUUGGUCCAUGUAAGGAUGAAGAGGGGAUUGAAGAUUCCACAAAGAGCUCUGAUUUUCAUCUCCAAAUGGGUUGUAUACGAGAAAAAAUGGAUAAGAUUCCUGCAAAUGUUAAGGGCACUUUUGUUGACCUGGCAAAACCAACGAUAGAGACUUUAUCUAGCAUCCAGCAAAGUAGUCGUGCUCUCUCUCUUCUGUCAGCUCAAUCACAUAGCAUGUCAAGCCAGUCGCUGGAAACUGCAAGCAUGACACUGAUCAACAAUAGGAGCCAUGUGGCCAAUGCAGAUUCUAAUCUAGGUCAUGCUCUUAACCACUCAACUGGCUUUUUUAAAACAAUUGCACAACAUGGGCCUCAACCUGGAAUGUACUUAAUGGAAGCUGACGAGGAAGGACUCACCACGAACAACCCUACCAAUGGCAACGUAGUUGGACUUCAUCUCCCUGGUGAUAGCAUUUCAAGCACGCCAAGUUUGAGGGCCACUGAUAGUUAUCAUCCGAAGGGGCAUGGCAUUGUCCUCAACUUGCUUCAAUUAUCUUCCCAUCUUCAAAGGGUUGAGCAGCAAAGGCAUACAACUGAAAAUGAAGCAGGUUAAACAAUUUUUUAACGAGUGGGUUAACGCCUUUUCUUGCUCCAAAGGGGUGUGCAUGCAUUAAGUGUUGCAGUCAAUAUUAAAAUUUGGUAUAUACCCAAAUAUGGUACUUCCCGCCAGCAGUAAUCAAGCGAUGUUUGAUAUCAAAAGCAAUAGUAUUAAGUGGGCAUGAAAACUGAUACCCUGUACAAGUUCAAAACCUGGUUUAGUAUUUAACUUACGGUACAGAUUACAGAAGUUGCCCAUGCAAAUUUUUAUUUUUUUUUUACAAGCAAGAAGAAUUGACGUAGUGUUCUUGCCGCUGCUGAAAAAUAUGCUGCUCCUUUUAAAUGGCAGAUGUUUUGAUAACGAAGUGUAUUUGAUCCCAUGUAAUUAAGUUUAGAAAAUUUUAGUAUUUUGGUGCUGCUCUUCUGUUGUGUAUUCGUGAAUUGUGAUCCCUGCCAAUUGAUCGUUCUCUUUCCUAUGGCAAUGCGAGGCGAAAGAAGUAUUUGCUGUU